GCCAGAUCAGUUUGUGAAUAAUAAAUCAAAAUGCCUUCGCCUCGUGGAAAGUGCCAGCUUAACUUUGCGAGGGAACGCAUGUGGGAACCCGGCUACCUCAAGGCCAAAUGUAUAGAGCUGGGCCUGGAGAACGAGUUUCGAUUGUAUCGGAUCCGCCUUUGGAAGAGUUACCUAUUCUCUUUCUUUCUGCUGCAUUUUUUCGUCACUGCUGUGCACUGUACCCUGCUGUUAACCACCAUUGAGCGCCGAUCAAUUAUCUAUUUUGAUGUGGCUCUUAGUGUUGGAUGUACCUUGGUCCUCUUCCUAGUACUGAGUGUUAAUUUCUGGGAUGGCUUUAUUGCGAAACACACGUGGUAUAUGUUUGGCAGUUCGAUGUUUACGUCCCUGACUUUGGUAUUCGCUGAUCUUACUGUAUCCAUUUACCAUCACUAUGUCCACAACUGGCAACUGGGGUCGUUCUACGACACCUAUAUUGUGUACAUGGUUUACAUGUUCCUGCCGAUCCACUUCAUGAGCGGUGCAGUCCUUUUAGCUGUGCUAGUCUCCGCCCUCUACAUCAUCUACUACGUGCAAUUCUUAGCUGAAGGAUUUCCCCAGUUUGUGUCCCAACUGUUUUCCGACGGCGGAAUGUCCGUGGACUUGGUCCACUAUCUGUGCCUCAAUCUAGUGGGCAUUUUCUACCGCGUGAUAAACGACACGGUGGUGCGCUCCUCAUUCCUGGACCGCCAUCAGUACAUCAAGGAGGAGCUCUGGCUGCGCAACGCCCGAAUCCACGAGAAGCAUCUUCUGGACUCCAUCCUGCCGCCGCAGAUCUCAGAGCCGCUGCAAAAGGACAUUCAGAACCGCAUUGUCCUGACCAAGCGCGGCGCCGGCAUUCGAUCCUUGAGUGCCUUGGAACGCGCCAUGGCCAUCCAGAUUCAUCCCGAUGUCUCCAUCCUGUAUGCAGAUGUGGUGAACUACACCCACUUGACCACAACAUUGACAGUGGAGAAAUUGGUGAAGGUUCUGCACGAUCUGUAUGGGAGAUUCGAUUUGGCUGCCUUGCGCUUCAAAGUGCAGCGCAUCAAGUUUCUGGGUGACUGUUACUACUGUGUGGCGGGUUUGUCCAACCCCGAUCCCGAUCACGCGAGCAAUUGUGUGGCAUUAGGACUUUCAAUGAUCAACGAAAUCAUGGAAGUACGUAACUCCCAAGGCCUAGACAUAAAUAUGCGCAUUGGAGUUCAUUCGGGAGAUCUGUUCGCUGGUGUCAUUGGCGAAGCCAAGCUGCAGUUCGAUAUUUGGGGAUUGGACGUGACAAUUGCCAAUGUCCUUGAGUCCACAGGAGUUCCGGGAUUCGUGCACAUCAGUGGUUCAACCCUGAAUAAUCUCAGCCAGCAUCGAUAUGUUAUUAAAGAUGGUCCUGAAAUGGCAAGGAAUCACCCCCUUCUGAGAAGAUACCGCAUACGUACUUACAUUAUUCGAGAUGAUUUAAAGAAAGAUGACGAAGAAAGUGACGAGGACUUCGGUGAACUGAGUGUUCUCUCCCUCUUUAGCACAGGAUCAAGACAGAUAUACACUAAUAAUACUAAAAGCUUAAAAGCGAUUUUUAAUGCUGAGUUGCGCGAAGAGUUCCGGAAAAUGCCGGUCAGUGCAUUUAAUCCCAAAACCUUAUUCGGCAUAUAUCGACAGAAAACAGGACUAAAAGUGCCAUUAAACAUCUGCCUAAAAUACAAUGAUUCAGAUCUGGAGAGAGCAUAUCUAAAGCAAACCGAUUACAUGUACAAGUACAGCAUGCUUCUGGCUUUAAUCGUUGGAUACUGUUUGGUAUAUAUCGAAGUUAUGGACACUAGGAUUAUAUGCCCUUUAUGCAUGAUUUUGCCCGCCAUCGUGACCGUAGUACAGACUAUUUUGACCUUCAUUGCUUGGUACAAGAAGAUUUGCUGGACAAGGUUUGGCAAUAAGCCCCACAAUUACAGCCGCAUCAGCUGCAUUAUUUUUCGCGUACACGAGAAAAUCCUAGCCAGUCCGGGCAUCCGCUUGGUCAUUUACCUUUUCCUAGUGAUAUCGGGGUUUUCCGUAAUGUGUUUUAUUGUAAUGUCCUGCGAUCGCGAAGAGUUUGCAUUGGCGAUUAUUGAGGAAAAGCUCUUCCACUAUGAGCAAGAAAGAAAUAUAUGCUUUCAUCCCUGGGUUACAUCCAACAUGGUCUCCCUGAUGAUUUGCCAAACCUUCACAUUCACCAACGUUCCGAUCGUGGUGAAGACUACAAUGGCCAUUUCAGAGACCAUCGCCUAUUUGGUGCUGAUUUUCUUCCAGUUUGAGUUCGUUUUCCACCACAGCGUGACGACGAAUCCCAGUUUUCCCGCUGAGUACGCACAUGCCCUGCUUAUAUGCAUUACCCUGCUAACUAUGAUUGUGAAGGAGCGCCAACUUGAGUUCACAAACAAAGUAAACUACCACUGGCGUGUUGAGUUAAGGAAGAAGGAAACUGACGCCAAUUUAACCAAUCACUCGAUCAUAAUUAUCCUCAACAACAUCCUUCCCUCUCAUAUCGUCGACGUCUACAUCAAUUCGUUAGCCAAACACGAACUCUACUAUGAAAAUUAUCAAAUGGUUUCCGUCAUGUUUGCCAUGUUGAUAAAUUUCGAAAUGGAUCUAAGAACCUUGCGGAUACUAAAUGAAAUUAUUGCUGAAUUUGAUAUGUUGUUGCUGUUCUACAAGGAAUAUUAUUCGGUUGAGAAAAUCAAAAUCGUCGGAUGCACUUAUAUGGCAGCGUGUGGACUGGAUCUAAACUUUGCGGGUACCACUAGUAAAUCAAUGAAAAAUAAUGACUUGAGCCCGACUGGAAGCAUCGAAGGGACUAAUGUGCGAUUUUUGUUCGAGAAGGAACUAAAAGACCGGGAGGAAGUGGUCUUUGUGAUGACCUCUUAUGCUCUGGACAUGAUGCGAACGCUGGCCAAAUGUAACAAGGCGUACCAAAGUAUUGUGGCUGAUCGAAAUAUUAUGGACGGAUCAAUAGCCAUCGGCAUUUCCAGUGGCGAAGUUAUGGCCGGCAUAGUGGGCGCAUCGCAGCCGCAUUACGACAUCUGGGGCAAUCCAGUUAAUAUGGCCUCGAGGAUGGAGUCGACGGGAUUGCCGGGCAACAUCCAGGUGACGGAGGAGUCUGCAAGAAUUCUGCAUGAAUUCGGCAUUGUCUGUCAGUAUCGAGGCUUGACCUUUGUAAAGGGACGAGGCGAAAUCCCGACUUUUUUAGUGGGAAUUGAUGACAACCUAAACUUCAUCACCACGGAGGCAAAACGAACUCCCAGUCACGUCGAGCGCAGUUCAGUUAUAUCGUUGCAGCCCACCUAUUCUAACCCAGACAAUGAAGAUGAUCUUUUUAGCAUUUCCAGACUCACCCUACAGGAUUUUUAA